GGAAAGUGCUGGUAAUCUGAGCGGGAACGCGCAUGUGAAGGUCUCGCUUGGUCUGCGGGGUGGUGGAGCUGCCAGAUCUUCGGUCGGUUUCCCGGUGUUUGGAGCGGAGCGCAGGUCGACUGUCUGCGGAAAUACCGUCUAACUACAAUCAGUCGAAUGCUCUGGAGACGAGACGGGAAGAGAAAAGUUUGAGCGGCGGCGGAGCGGAAGUCCUACAACGACAGGGACCGACGGGCGACCCGGAGUUACAAAACAAACUUAGCGUAGCUUGGUUUGGCUAGUAGUUUGGAAGCUAAAGAGCGCGCGGGAGCCGAACUCUCCGUCAACAAUGGCUACUGCUAUAUACCUGGAGCACUACCUUGACAGUAUUGAGAACCUGCCGUGUGAGCUGCAAAGGAACUUCACGUUAAUGCGGGACCUGGACAGCAGAACUGAAGAAAAGAAAGGAGAGAUUGACAGACUGGCAGAAGAAUAUAUAUCCAACGUGAAGAACCUGGCUUCAGAGCAGAGAGUGGAACAUCUACAGAAGAUUCAGAACGCCUACAGCAAGUGCAAGGAGUUCAGUGACGACAAAGUUCAGCUCGCCAUGCAAACGUAUGAAAUGGUGGACAAACACAUCCGCAGGCUGGAUGCAGACCUGGCCCGCUUUGAGAACGAGCUGAAGGAGAAGCUGGAGCUGACCGGCUACGACAGCACCGACAGCAGAACCUUGAAAAAAGGUGACUCACGGGGGCAGCGGGACAAGCGUGGAUCCAGAGGACGGGGAAAGAAAGGUUCUGACGACGACUCUCCCAAAAAGAAGAAGAUGAAAAUCAGCCAAGACUUGAGCGACGCUCUCCUGCCAAUGCAGCCGUCAGACGUUCUGGACAUGCCAGUCGAUCCCAAUGAACCCACCUACUGCCUGUGCCACCAAGUCUCAUAUGGAGAGAUGAUUGGAUGUGACAACCCAGAUUGUCCCAUCGAGUGGUUCCACUUUGCCUGCGUUGACCUCGCCACUAAACCAAAAGGAAAAUGGUUUUGUCCGAGGUGCACCCAAGACCGGAAGAAAAAGUAAAAGUUACUGUCAGGAAUGCUCAAAUGUUUUGCUUUUAUGAAAUAACAUAGCAUAGUCACGUGUGCUUACAAAUUACCAAGAGAACGGUAGGAUUGUUGGGCUUGAUUCAGAUCAAUCUCCUUCCCCAUACUGGCUUCAUGGUAUAUCCACAGUGGUUUUAAAGUAAACGCCUUCUGUGCUCAGGGCGAGGUUAGAAUACAAUCUGGUGAGUAAUAAGCUGUGUAUGUAUACCUUUCCACUCGACUUAAAAAAGUUUAAAUCCCACAUUCUGGUUGAAGCAUACUUGAAGUGUCGGCUCCUGAAAAAACGCUUUUUCUAACCAGAAAGACGAUGCCUGCUGAAAAAUGUCAAAUCUAAACAAUGUUAAUCUAAACUGCAAUAGUGGGGAAAAAAAGGAAUGAUGUUUUUUUUUUUUGUUACUACCUCCUUUGGAUUAACAUUUACACUGCAGUUAAAUGUGGUGCUUAAAACAAGUACUACUUCUGUUCUUUUUCAAUUCGCUCACACCAAGACAAGCACAAAGUUAGAACUCAGACUGUGUCCAAGUCAAAACGCCUACGACAUUUUUGAAUGUAUUGUGGUACUGUGGGUGUCUCCGGUCACCUGAAUAUGAGGUAUUCAAGCACUUUGAAGAAAGUACCCUGAAGAAGUAUGAUCCUGCAGGCUGGGUGUGAUCUGUAGUUCAUGAACCUUUGCUGUAACACGUAACCAUUGAAAAGUCUGUCGGGCCAAUAGAGAUGGAAGGGAAACACUGUCCAACCUUCCAUGGAACUAUAUAUUUUAUACAAGUCAAUAUUUUGUAGAAAUGUUUCCAAAGAGAUUUGUUUUAUUGUUGAAAUACUACUAUACAUUCAGAUUUUAUUUAAUAGAAGUUUAGAUUCUUCCUAAUGUUUGACUGAAAAUCAUGUUUUGUAAGCCACAAAUGUUUGAACCAAAGUUUAUGUAUUUUCUUCAACUCUGUAUUUUAUAACAAAUAAAUUUUCACUGGUAAUCACAA